AUGUCGCUGGAGGAAGUUAACCAGCAGCGUUCGCUAACGCGAAAGAAUAUUUCACGCAUUAGGCCAAUUGUGGAGGCCAGCGCCAACAAAUAUGGCAAAAUACUUUCACCCAUCGAGCUCAAGUGCCGGCUUGGGAUUUUAGAAUCCUAUUUCAACCAAUUCCUGGGCUAUCAGACGCAAAUCAAGAAACUUGAUCCUGAUGACAGCGGUCGUGGGGAUUUGGAAGACCUGUACGUCAGCAUUCGCUCAUCAAUCCAAAUACAGCUCGGCGAUGAUAUUCACAAUUCAUCAUUUCGUGAACCAGCAUUACCUACGCCUUACACGCAUUCAAAGUUACCAACUUUAAAGCUGCCCACCUUCUGCGGAAAGUACUCUGAGUACAAAAAUUUUAUCUCAUCGUUUAUGAGUCUCAUCGACAAGGAAGUUACCCUAACCCAUAUUGAGACAUUCAAUCACCUUCUCAAUUGUUUGCAAGGGCAGGCUUUGGAGAUUGUGAAGGCGUUCCAGGUCACCUGCGAGAACUAUCCCAAGGCACUGGAUAGGUUAAAGGCUUGCUACGACAACAGCACAAUGAUAUUCAUUGAAACUAUAACAGCGUUGUUCGAGCUUCCGUCCACUGCAAGGCAGAACGCUUCUCAGUUACGCAGCUCGAUUGACAACGUGUCUGCGCUAUAUAGUUCGAUGUUGUCAAUCGGCUCUGAAAAGAUUUCGCAUCUAUUACUAAUCCUCAUUGUAAUGGACAAGGUUGAUGAUGAAACGCAAACCAAGUGGAAAGAGUCAUUAGACUUCACAAAGCUUCCAACAUGGGAAGAGUGUGCAAAGGUGCUUGAACGUCGCUGUCAGUUUUUGGAAUUCUCAUCUGGCCCUCUCGCAUUUGGUGACUCUGUAAAACCAGGCAACAAACCAGACAGCAAGAACAAGUCUUCGCGUAAGGGUUAUUCAUUUUCGUGCACAAAACGCUCUUGCAUCUUAUGUUCAAGUUCAGAGCAUUUGAUUGCCAGCUGUUCACGUUUCAAACAGAUGGAGGUUGCAGAUCGCUUUAAGGAGCCUUUUCAUCGCACUACCAGUUCCAAUGCACAGUCAACAUCGAUCUCCACAUCCCUGAUCGAGCAAUCAACGCAACCUGUAUAUACAGCAGCAGCACACACACACCGCGAAAAAUCGCCACAAGACCAAGUCAUACUGGCAACAGCUGUGGUACUUAUACGAGAUGCGUCUGGCCGCUAUCAAUUGGGUAGAGCGCUACUCGACUCAUGUUCCCAGGUGAACUUUGUCACCGAAGAGUUCUCCCAAAAAUUGCGCCUACCAAGGGAAAGGCAUCGCAUUGAGAUUCAGAGCAUCGGAGAUUCGAGCCUCAACUACAUUGCUGAUACAUAUGAAGCUAGUUAUCCUAUUGGUGCUGAUGACGAUCUACUUUAUGGUGCCGAUACUCUGGCCGAAAUAUCUCGUAUCAAAUACGAAGUCACGGAAGUGCUGAGACGUGGCUGUUUCACUUUGGCCAUGUGGCAUUCAAAUCACCACAUGUUCCGAGAGGAUGACACUAUGAAGGAUCUUAACUUGGACAAGGAUAAGACGACCAGCACUUUAGGUAUUGUGGUGCAACAAGUCAUCAAUCAAUACAAAUCCACGGGUUUUGCGAUUCGUCUAUUCGAUAUACGGCCAUACGGCUGCUCCAUAUACGUUCGCUCCAAGACGAUGGAAG